CAAGCAAAGGGUGAAAGAACAUAGCCACUGGGAAACAUGUCUUUGUUCUGUUCUUAGUUUUACUGUCACCUGGUCCUUUUCAAUCUUGUUCCUCCGGUUGGUUUGAAACUGUAAUAAUUAUACUAUUAUGCUACGCAAAAAUGUCAACUUGUCAAUCUCUUUGGACCAUGGUUGGCCUCUAGUUAUUGGUGGCUGCUGUUUCUCACGGGAAGUUUCUUCUGCUGAUAAGAUGAUAAACCCAACUCUGUGGAAACAUCACUGGAUAAUAUGCAUCAUCAUCAUAUAAAUGAUGUUUCCUCACAUGGGUUUUGCUUAGCUUUUGUUGUUACUCUCUUUUUCUUCUCUAACUUUCUGUCCUAGAUGGAUUCUGAUUCUGAGUUAUACUGUUGAAGCCUCUAAUGGUUUGAGCAACUGGGUAUGGAGGUUUUGGGAAAUGGGUGGAGGGUGGUUCUGGAAAAAAGUGUCAUUUUUGAAGAAAUGAAAAAUUAGGAAAUAUCUAUCACAAAAGCUUCAUGAUAGUUAGGUUAGGACUCAUUGUUGCUGCUUCAAUCGCAGCUUUUACAGUUAAGCAGCUCAAUGUAAAAAGCCCAAAUUCAGAAAAUGAUGAAGCAAGGUCUAGAAAGCAUCAAGAUGAGGAGGGCACAGAAGAAGAGCAGUUCAAAAGCUUUACUGAUGCUAUCAAUGAAGAGGAUAGCGAGGAGGAAGAGGAGAAAGAGGAGGUGAAGUUAAUUAGCAGCAUAAUUAACCGGGCUAACGAUUUUGAAGAUGAUAUUCUGCCUGAAUUUGAAGACCUUCUAUCAGGAGAGAUUGAUUUUCCAUUUCCUACUGCUGAGAAGGAUGAGAAGGACAUGGUUUAUGAAACUGAGAUGGCAAACAAUGCCAAUGAACUAGGACGAUUGCGACAGCUAGUGCAGGAAUUGGAGGAGAGGGAAGUGAAACUUGAAGGGGAAUUGCUUGAGUACUAUGGUUUGAAGGAGCAGGAAUCGGACAUUGUAGAGUUACAAAGGCAGCUCAAGAUCAAAACGGUUGAAAUUGAUAUGCUUAAUAUUACCAUUAAUUCGUUGCAGGCAGAGAGGAAGAAGCUUCAAGAAGAGCUCACACAUGGAGGUUCAGCAAAGAAAGAACUUGAGGUGGCUAGAAACAAGAUCAAGGAGCUACAAAGGCAAAUACAGCUUGAGUCUAACCAAACGAAAGGCCAGUUGUUGUUGCUUAAACAACAAGUGUCUACUCUUCUGGUGAAGGAAGAAGAGGCUGCCAGAAAAGAUGCUGAAAUUGGAAGGAAAUUGAAAGCUGUUAAUGACUUAGAAGUUGAAGUUGUGGAGCUUAAGAGGAAAAACAAAGAACUUCAAUUUGAGAAGCGAGAGUUAACAGUUAAACUCAAUUCUGCUGAAUCUACAGCAGCAGAACUCUCCAAUAUGACAGAGACUGAAAUGGUUGCCAAGGCAAAAGAAGAGGUCAGUAACCUGAGGCAUGCUAAUGAAGACCUGCAAAAGCAAGUGGAAGGACUUCAGAUGAAUAGGUUCAGUGAAGUUGAAGAGCUUGUAUACCUUCGUUGGGUCAAUGCAUGCUUGAGGUUUGAGCUAAAGAAUCAACAGGCACCAUCAGGAAAAUUUUCAGCCCGUGACCUCAGCAAUAAUCUUAGCCCAAAAUCACAAGAGAAGGCUAAGCAGCUAAUGUUAGAAUAUGCUGGAUCAGAACGUGGGCAGGGCGACACAGAUCUUGAGAGUAACUACUCCCAUCCUUCUUCACCAGGAAGUGAAGAUUUUGACAACGUUUCUAUGGAUAGCUCUAUGAGCAAAUAUAGUACCAUUAGCAAGAAAACUAGCCUAAUCCAAAAGUUCAAGAAGUGGGGCAAAAGCAAAGAUGAUUCUAGUGCUCUUUCAUCACCAGCAAGAUCUUUUUCAGGAAGUUCUCCAAGAAGGAUGAGUGUGAGUGUUAAACCUAGGGGUCCACUGGAAAGCUUGAUGAUAAGGAAUGCCGGUGAUGGUGUAGCCAUCACUACCUUUGGGCAGAGGGAUCAGGAAACCACUGAUUCUCCUGAAAUUCCAACUACUCCUAACUUAAGAAGAGCUCCAUCCAGUGAUUCCUUAACUACUGUUUCUUCCUCAUUCCAUUUGAUGUCUAAGUCAAUUGAUGGGUCUCUAGAUGAAAAAUAUCCUGCAUAUAAGGAUCGCCAUAAAUUGGCCUUGUCAAGGGAGAAACAACUUAAAGAAAAGGCUGAGAAAGCAAGAGUGCAGAAAUUUGGUGACAGUUCAAAUUUGAGUAUAUCGAAGGCUGAAAGAGAUAGACCUAUUUCUUUGCCACCAAAACUCACUCUUAUAAAGGAGAAGCCAUUGGUUUCUGCUAGUGCAAAUGAUCAAUCUGAUGAUGGAAAGAAUGUUGAUACUCAAAACAUUAGCAAGAUGAAGCUUGCCGACAUUGAGAAAAGGCCUACUAGGGUGCCUAGGCCACCUCCUAAACCUUCUAGUGGUGGUGCUGCUAGCACAAACUCAAAUCCUUCCAAUGGAGCAGCAUCUGGUCCAUCCAUUCCCCCUCCCCCUCCUCCUCCAGGUGCUCCACCGCCACCACCAGGUGGACCACCACGCCCACCUCCUCCCCCAGGAAGCCUAGCAAGAGGGGGGAUGGCUGGUGACAAAGUUCACCGAGCUCCAGAGCUAGUUGAAUUUUAUCAAUCAUUGAUGAAACGGGAAGCAAAGAAGGAUACUUCCACAUUACUAAUUUCUUCAACAAGUAAUGCAUCUGAUGCCAGGAGCAACAUGAUUGGGGAAAUUGAGAAUAGAUCAACAUUCCUCUUAGCUGUGAAAGCUGAUGUAGAAACACAAGGUGACUUCGUUACGUCCUUGGCAACUGAAGUUCGAGCAGCCACCUUCUCAAAUAUUGAUGACCUGGUGGCUUUUGUGAAUUGGCUAGAUGAGGAACUUUCCUUCCUGGUCGAUGAACGCGCUGUCCUCAAGCACUUUGAUUGGCCUGAAGGUAAAGCAGAUGCAUUAAGGGAGGCAGCUUUUGAAUAUCAGGAUCUGAUGAAAUUGGAGAAGCGAGUCUCCACCUUCGCUGAUGAUCCCAAACUCUCAUGUGAUGCUUCUCUAAAGAAGAUGUAUUCACUCCUUGAAAAAGUGGAGCAAAGUGUAUAUGCACUCUUGCGAACAAGAGAUUUGGCUAUUUCACGGUACAAGGAAUUUGGAAUCCCAGUAAACUGGUUACUGGAUUCAGGAGUUGUAGGCAAGAUCAAGCUUUCUUCUGUACAACUAGCAAAGAAGUAUAUGAAACGUGUUACCUCUGAACUUGAUGCUUUAUCUGGAUCUGAGAAGGAACCAGCUAGAGAGUUUUUGACUCUGCAAGGAGUACGUUUUGCUUUCCGCGUCCAUCAGUUUGCAGGAGGCUUUGAUGCAGAUAGCAUGAAAGCUUUUGAAGACCUAAGGAACCGCAUCCAAACCCCUCAAGCUGGUGAAGAUAAUAAACCAGAAACAGCUGGUGAAGAUAAUGAAUCAGAAACAUAGGAUAUCCAUCAGAAAUCUUUUUUUUCUUUCUCUUCCUUCUCUUUUUCCCAUUAUAGUUGCUUCUCUUAUAUAUGUGUUGCCUUUUCAGCUGUAUAUUUCAUUUUGCUUCAAUUUGGAUAGCCUAUACAUGUGAAAGCUGUACAAUGAUACAAGAAUCAUAUUGUAAUUGUAGCAUUGAACUCCAAGAUUAUCCCUC